AUGGGUUGUGGUGCUAGUACGAUGUCUUCCGAAGAGGAAGGGGAUCUGUUUCUACAAAACAAGCGAGCGAACGACGUUAUCGAGCGAUCUCUACAACAGCAGAAACAUAAGGAAAACAAAGAAAUCAAGUUGUUGCUGCUGGGAACUGGGGAAUCCGGUAAAUCUACAGUCUUGAAACAACUAAAACUUUUGCAUCAAGGUGGGUUCAGUAACCAGGAGCGGUUGCAAUACACGCAGGUUAUCUGGGCCGAUGCCAUCCAAUCUAUGAAGAUACUAAUUAUACAGGCCCGAAAACUGAGGAUACCUCUAGACUGUGACAACCCCCAGGCAAAUCGGCAUCUGUUCGAACAAAAGCGGCUCAUUCUGAGAGCGAAGCCACUGGAGCUCGUUGAUGCUAGUCUGGCUGGUGGAUCUGGGUUUUUGAAUGACUACGUCCUGAAAUAUUCGGAAACGAGCGAAAACAAGCGUCGCACUCAAAGUACGGGCGAAGCGCAGGCCUUCAGGAACAGCAUGCUGAUGGAUGACACGCUUCACAAGAACUCAAGUCACGCUGGAGGGCCUGGCGAUGGUGUCGAUUUUCAAGAACUCUCCGAAGGACUGAAUGAGGACCAGAUAAACCCUGCCUUGUCACGGCAACAGUCGAAUGCUCGUCCCGUAACCAGCCAGGAAAUUGCCACUGCGAUUGAGAAAUUAUGGCACUACGAUCGCGGAAUCCGCCAGUGCUUUGCACGAUCCAAUGAGUUCCACUUGGAAAGCUCGGCAGAGUACUACUUCGAAAACAUCCACAAAUUCGCGGCCCCUGGCUAUGUUUGUUCCGACGAGGAUAUCUUAAAGGGCCGUAUCAAGACCACGGGCAUUACGGAAACCGCUUUCAACAUUGGGUCGUCGAGCUUUAAGGUGCUAGACGCCGGGGGCCAACGGUCCGAACGCCGCAAGUGGAUUCAUUGUUUCCAGGGAAUCACAGCGGUGCUUUUCGUUCUAGCCGUGAGCGAAUACGACCAAAUGUUGUUCGAAGACGAACGUGUAAACAGAAUGCACGAGGCCAUCAUGCUUUUCGACACGCUAUUGAACUCGCGCUGGUUCAUCAACACACCAUUCAUACUAUUUUUGAACAAGACAGAUAUCUUCAAGGACAAACUGACCCGGUCACCGAUCAGACAAUAUUUCCCGCACUAUCAGGGCCGUGUCAAUGAUGUGGAAGCCGGGCUGAAGCACUUUGAAGACAUUUUUUUGGGUUUGAACAAGUCUCAAAGGCCCAUAUACGUACAUCGCACCUGUGCAACAGACACUCAGAGCAUGCGAUUUGUGCUCACCGCAGUAGCAGACCUAAUAAUUCACCAAAACUUAAAGAAGAGUGGAAUAUUGUGA